AGUGGGCUGGCAAUCAGAACAGACUCAAACCCCCAGAUCCACCGCCUAGAAUCCCCAUUAGCACCCACUCAGGUGGAGUCUUAGCCACCAUGUUUGCCAGGAGGAACAGCUCAGAUGUGACUGAGUUCAUCCUUGUAGGAUUCUCAGGCUCCCUGGGGCUCCACCUAAGCCUUCUAGGGCUGUUCUUGCUGGCUUACAUGCUGACUGUCACAGAGAACCUGGUCAUCAUCACAGUCAUUCGCGCCAGCCCCUCACUGCACAAGCCUAUGUACCUCUUCCUCAGCAACCUGUCCUUCCUAGAGAUCUGGUACAUCUCUGUCACGGUGCCCAAGAUGUUGCUCAGCCUGGUCUCUCCCAAGUUCCAGCACAUCUCCUUCACAGGCUGCAUGGCCCAACUGUACUUCUUCUUGGCACUGGCCUGUACCGAGUGCGCGCUCUUGGGUGUCAUGGCCUAUGACCGCUAUGUGGCGGUCUGCAACCCGCUUCGCUACCCAGUCAUCAUGAGCCCCGGUCUCUGCAGCCUCCUGGCUGGAGGCUCCUGGUUGUCUGGCUUCACCAUUUCCCUGGGGAAGGUCUUCUUCAUUUCUCGUCUAGGCUACUGUGGCCCCAACGUCAUGAACCACUUCUUCUGUGAUGUGUCCCCACUACUCAACCUUGCCUGCUCUGACAUGUCAGUUGCAGAGCUUGUAGACUUCCUCCUGGCGCUGCUCAUCUUGUUGGGGCCACUGCUGUUGACUGUCUUCUCCUACACGGCCAUUCUCAGCACCGUGCUACGCAUGCCCUCCGCCGGUGGCAGGCAGAAGGCCUUCUCCACCUGCGCCUCACACCUGGCCGUGGUGGUCAUCUUCUAUUCAGCUUCUCUCUUCAUCUAUGCCCGGCCCCGUGCCCUCUACUCCUUCGACUACAACAAGCUUGUGUCUGUUGUCUACACAGUGCUCACACCCCUAAUUAACCCCAUCAUCUACUGCCUUCGGAACCAAGAGGUCAAGCAAGCGCUACAUAAGGUACAGCAGCGAGCAGCCCAGGUUCUAGGCGCCUCCUCCUAGGAGGAACCAUGCUUCCCCAGUCCUGAACCUGCUCACCAGUCCAUCAGGGUGAACAGAUUGGCAUGCCCUCCCGCCAGCCCCUGAAUUCUGCUUAUGGCUACAAGCCAGCUGCAGCAGCAUGGCUCCCAGGUCUGAGGUCAGGACCCACUCAGGAGCCCUUCCCUGAACCCAUGCAAAGGCUGUGCUCAUGAAAGAAUUCUUUCCAACCAACCAUGGUCAACCUAUAGCCACAGCUCUUCUCACCUGAGGGGAGCAGAGAAGACCAUAGCAUACCGAGAUGUCUGUGCACACAGAUCUUUUAGCUCUGCAUGCCACGCAGGAGCAGCAAUGACCAGCGAGAACCUUGCCAUCCCUCCUAACCCUACUCCAGUGGCUUCUUCCAGGAGGUUUGUCUUCCAGCAGAAGGGGCCUUGCAGUUGCAGAGGC